AUCUCUCAGAUUUUAUUCAAAUCAAUCGAAAAAGCCAACGCUCGAAAUGGGUAGUGAAGGGUCACCAAAGCUUCCGAUUCUCAAUUUCUCUAGUGAAAAUCUGAAACCAGGGACAACUUCUUGGGUCGCUACAUGCAAGGAGGUGAUCCAAGCGCUUGAAGAAUUCGGCUUCUUCGUAGUGAACUACGACGAGGUAAUCCCGUCACAAGUUCAUGAUGCCACGUUUCGCGUUUUGCACGUCUUCGCCCUUCCCACGGAGACCAAAAUGAAGAACCGGUACCAGAAACCCUUGAACGGCUACGUCGGCCAGAUUGCCAAGCUCCCUCUACACGAGAGCUUGGGCAUCGACGACGCGACAUCUUUAGAAGCGACUCAGAAAUUCACCGACCUUAUGUGGCCUGACGGCAACAAUCGCUUUCGCGACAUCAUGAACUCGUUUGCGAAGCUUGCGGCGGAGUUGGACCAGAUUGUCACGAGAAUGAUAUUCGAGAGCUACAAUUCCGAGAAGCAUUAUGAUUCUUACAUCGAAUCAACGACGUACCUCCUUCGGCUCUUAAAGAAUAGGGCACCGCUGGAGAAUGAGCCUAAUCUCGGAUUCAUCAAUCACACGGACAAGAGCUUUACCACCAUUCUUCAUCAAGACAGCGAAGUUCAUGGCUUGGAGGUCGAAACCAGGGACGGAGAAUGGAUCACUGUCGAGAUGUCGCCUUCGAAAUUCGUGGUCAUUGCUGGAGAUGCAUUAAUGGCAUGGAGCAAUGAUAGGAUACAGUCUCCAAACCACAAGGUGACCAUCAACGGCAAGGAAGACAGAUACUCGCUCGCGCUGUUUGCGUUCAAUAAUGGAACGCUCCAAGUUCCCGAAGAGCUCGUUGAUGACGAUCACCCGUUAAAGUACAAGCCCUUCGAACAUCUUGGUCUACUCCGAUUCUAUCGUACCGACGAAGGGUAUAAAUCCAAGUGUCCAAUCAAAGCCUAUUGCGGCGUUCAGGGACAUGAUUGAUCAUGAAGUGCUGCUAAAUUCCCAGUUACAUACUCUGGUCUUGGCGUAGCUUGUGAGUCGUGAGUGAUGUCUUUCCAGUAGUCAAGGGAUGACUACUUUUGGUUUUCUUUCUUAUGUGACAUGGAACUCCACCUUGGUGAAUAAAUCUUAGACCCUUUGAAAUA